CGCGCGAGGAAAAGGAGGAAGGCGAUUGGCUGCGGCCGCUUCUGUGUGUUUCGACUGUCUUCCGGCUCGGUGUCAAUCCGCCGCGGUCGCCGAGAGCAGUUUUUUGAGUCCAGUCGUCUGUUUUCAAGGCACCAUGUUCCUGACCGCUGUCGUGCGCGGCAGCCGGAUCCCCGGGAAGCAGUGGAUCGGGAAACACCGCAGGCCGCGGAAGGUGACCUGGGGGAUGAAGCAGGGCAUGAUACGGAGGCUGGAGAUCGAGGCGGAGAACGAGUACUGGCUGAGCAUGCCGUACAUGACCCGAGAGCAGGAGUUCAACCAUUCCGCCGCCCGCAGGCGAGAGAACUUCGAGGCCAUCAAGUUAGCGCAGGUGUCCAAGUUUCCGCCGCACAGGUUCGUCGCGGACCAGCUCAGCCAUCUCAACGUGUCCAAGAAGUGGUCCUGAGCCUGCCCCAGGCUCCACCGACCUAGAACUGCCUCCCUCCCGCACGCCGGGAGCCCCCCCCCACCUCCCGCACCCCGGGUGUAAGCCUCGAGUCAGGCACACAGGACCCCUAUGGUAGGGGACUCGUAGGCCGUCGCCUCGGGACCCCGCACUCCGGUGGCUCUACUUCGGAAGAACUGGAAGAGUGGGUGGGGGGCUCUUAGGUUACCCGAACCACAGGGAAGCUGAAACCAAAAUGCUCUGAAGGGAAGAGUCAAUAAAAUUACAAAAUAUUCGUU